AUGGGGGACCACCCGCCGCACAAGAAGCGGCGCAACCGCGUGCCCAUCUCGUGCUUCAGCUGUCGCUCGCUCAAGACCAAGUGUGACGGCGUCCGGCCGGUAUGUUCGACCUGCGCCCACAAUGGGCGGGAAUGCGUCUUCACCCAGCGCGGCAUCUCCGGGGGGAAUAUGGUGACGGUGAGCCAGGACUAUGUACGUGGUCUGGAGAAACGUCUGGAGCUGCUGGAGCGAUCCAACACGGCUUCCGCAUUGCCCCCUGCGGCUGCCACCCCGGCCCCCCCGCGGCCAGCGCCCGAGAGAUCGAUAUUGUCGGGACCCAGCUCCUCCGCGGUCAUGGUGGACGCCAAUGUGUCGAUAGGAGGCCUUUCCUUCACCCAGUUGAUCCUCAACAGCCUGCACGGCCACGACAAUGUCAAGGCGCAGUCCAUCAUGACGGACCGCGAAGCUCGCGCCAGACCGUCCCUGCUGGCCGGUGAUGACCUAUAUACGCUGCCCGAGAAUACGGCAGAGGUCCUGGAUCGUUUUUUCACCGUCCGCAAUAUCCUCGCGCCGGUAUUCCACGCCCCCAGCGCUCGGCCGGCGCUCGAGGCGGCAAUCCGCUGUUCGCCCGCCGAGAGGCAUCAUCACCAGUCGGCAUUGGCUCUGCUCAACAUGAUCCUGGCGCUGUGUACGUCACACUUCUUAAUCGAUGAGGCGAACCCACAAACGGCGCGAAAACACUAUGACAUCGCCAUGGCCCUCCUGCACCCGACCCUCCUCCGCGACUGGAGAUUAGAGCAUGUUCAAGCCCUCGUGCUAGGCGCGAGAUAUCUCCAGGGUACUAGCUGUGGGGAUGAAUGCUGGAAUGUCUUGGGUCUGGCCAUUCGAAUUGCAUACGGCCUGCGCCUACACCAAGAUCCGCCCGAGACCGACCCGCCUCCGUUGCGAGAAACCAAGCGCCGGGUCUGGUACUCCGCGUAUACCCUCGACAUGCUCUUGAGCAUGAUAUACGAACGCCCAUCGGCAACCAGAUCCGAUUUCACAGUCUGCCCGCCGGAAGAUCUCGACGAUGACUGUAUUCAGGAAGACCGACUGCUCCGCCCUACACCAAGGCGGCCAUCCUUCAUGGCCUUCUUUCUUCAAGUGAUCAAGCUAUAUCGUAUUGUGGAGAACACUUUAGCUUGCCUGGAAAAGAAUCCACAGGACCCCCGGGAAAUCGCGGAGCUGAUCAUGGCUCUGGACGAAGAUUACCAGAGAUGGCAGCGCGAGCGACCUGCACACCUCGUUCUCAACUAUGGCAAUGCGCAGGAGCCGCCCUGGAUUCUGGCCCUACGCGGCAAUAUGGUUCGCAUUUUGAUUCACCGACUGUCUCUGGGUGUGACACUUCACCACCUCGCCCAACCCCAGCAAAUUGAGGACUCGAUGGUGAGCCAUAUCUUGCAACAUAGCCAGGCGACGUGUGUAGCGGCCGCGAUGGAUACGGUUGAUAUUGUGGCCUUGAGGCAUGAGCAGACCAGGCAUACCAUGGGUCUGGACUGGUUUAACAUAUAUUAUUUGUUCAACGCCGUCCUCGUCCUGGUCUCCCAUGUUGUCGAUCCAGCCCACUCCGAGGACCGACCUGCACUAGCGAAAGUGGAACAAGCCCUUCAUAUGAUCAAGGCCAUGUCGAGCAACCACUCCUUUGCACGCCGGGCGUCUUUGUUUCUGCAGCAGUUAGUUGGGUACAUGAACCAAUUUCUGGGAUCCCGGAAGCCCAGGGAAGAUAAUGCACCCCGAGCGCAUAUCCCGUCAGCGCAGGAGUCGUCCACCUUGCCUCCCACAAUGCCUGGCGCGCCCGUAUUUCCAGAUCUACAAGCGUUGUGCGGUUUUACCCAGAAUCUCACAGAUAAUCUGGAGACGCAACUAGAGGAUUUUGAUACGAGAGGUCUGUCCGGCUCAUUGUGGACGUUCCAAGAUCAGGGUUCAUACACGGGAUUUUCAUGA